AUGGGGGAGCAGCCGCUGUUCCUCGAGGGGCAGCCCCCCGACUUCUCGCUGCUGCAGCGCCUGCUCUGCCUCGAGCCCGAGCCCUGCGACCACCCCCCCGCAGCCCCCCAGCCCCUCCAGCCGCCCCCCGGGCACGGGGGGGCCGCGACCACCCCAGGGGACCCCCCCAGGACGGGGGUCCCGGAGCUCCCCCCGCGGCCCCGGAGCCCUCCCGGGGAGGCUCUGACGUUCCUGCAGGAGUCGGUGCGGCUGCUGCGACCCCCGGAGACCCCCCCGGCAGCUCCCGCGGCACCCCCCGAGACCCCGGGGGUGCCCCCCGUGCCCACCGGGAGCCUCGACGAGCUGAGCCUCAUCAGCCUCCAGUGCCGGCACCUGGACACGGGGAGAGGCACCAGGAGCGGCACCGGGAUAGGGAUCAGCACCGGGGUCAGCACCGGGAUAGGGAUCAGCACCGGGAUCAGCACCGGGAUCAACACUGGGAUAGGGAUCGACACUGGAAUAGGAAUCGACACUGGGAGUAGAAACAGCACCUGGAGCGGGAUCAACACCGGGAGCGGCACCGGAACCAGUAACGGGACUGGGAUCCACACUGGGACCAGGAAUGGGAUCAGCACCGGCACCAGUAACGGCACUGGGACCAGUCCCGGGCCUGGGAUGGACACCAGGAGCGGGCCCAGGCGGCGGCGCAAACAGGAGACCCCCCAGCGUGGGGUGGACCCCCGGGACCCCUCGUUCCGGGGGGUGACGCUGCGGAUGCGCCUGGGGGUCCCCGUGGGGGGCACCGGCCCCUGCCCCCUCCUCAUCAGCGCCCGCAGGGCCCCCCCCGGCAGCCGCGGGAGCAGCAGCAGCUCCGAGGACGAAGCUCCCCCCGCCCGGGGUCGCAAACGCUGCGCCUCGUGCAUGACCCGGCGGACCCCCCUGUGGCGAGCGGCCGAGAACGGGACCCCCCUUUGCAACGCCUGCGGCAUCAGGUACAAGAAGUACCGCGUGCGCUGCCGGCGCUGCUGGAACGUGCCCGGCCGGAGCGGGACCCCAAAACCGCCGUGUCCCCUCUGCGCCCACUGGGGACCCCCCGCCCCGCGUGGCAACAGGAAGUGA